AUGAGAUCUAGACAUGAAAGUCCUCAGGAGCUUGUCCCUCAGGCUGAGCAGGUACAGGUGGCACUAGAGGAGUGGCCUGAAAGCACAAAGAAGGACGGCAGGUACACUGUCUUGGUGGGGCUCCAUAGAAAAGAGAAGAAGAUGUAUCCCUGCAAGGCUGUUGCUCGCAAGGGUGCAGAAAGGAUACAGGCUAGACUGAGUCAGCCUUGGCCCAGCAUUGACUUACAUUCACUACACUAUUUCCACUAUUUCCACACUGCCCUGUCAUGCCUUUGGAAGCACCAGUGUAUUUCUGUGGGCUACAUUGACAACAUGAAGUUUCAGCGCUGUGAUAGCUUUGAGGAGAUUCCGAGGAUGGAUCCACGUGCACCUUGGAUGGAGAAGGAAAGACCAGAGUACUGGAAGGAGCUGAAACACAAGGUCAAGAACAUUGCACAAAGUGUCAGAGCAAACCUUUGGACCCUGCUAUACUACUACAACCAGAGUGAAGGUGGCUUUCACAUCCUGCAGUGGAUGGUUUCCUGCGAGGUAGGGCCAGACAUGCAGCUUCUUGGAGCCCACUAUCAGGCUGCCUAUGAUGGCUCGGAUUACAUCACGGUGAUUGAAGUCCUGAGCUCCUGGACUGCAAUGGACAUGGUGUCUCAGAUCAGGAAGAGCAAGUUAGAUUCAGCAGACACAGCAGAAUACUUCAGGACCUAUGUGGAGGGAGAGUGCGUGGAGAUGCUCCACAGAUUCCUGUGGAAUGGCAAGGAGACUCUUUAGCGAGCAGAUCUCCCAAAGGCACAUUUGGCCCAUCCGGGUAGACCCGAAAGUGAUGUUACCUGGAGGUGCUGGACCUUGGGCUUCUACCAUGCUGAUAUCACCCUGACCUGGCAGAGGGAUGGAGAGGACCCGACCCAGGACUUGGACCUUGUGGAGACCAGGCCUGUAGCGGGUGGAACCUUCCAGAAGUGGGCAGCUGUGGUGGUGCCUUCUGGAGAGGAGCAGAGAUACACAUGCUAUGUGCACCAUGAGGUGCUAACAGAGCCUCUUGCCCUGAAAUAG